AUGCCUCGCGACCGGCCCGCCACGACAGGCUACGAACGCCUUACCCAGGCCGAUCAGAUCAGCGACGACUCCGACGAUGACUUCCUCGCCGAAUCCUCUGCCUCCCUCCAGCCCGCCUCCGCGCCCCGCCAUGCGCCGAUAACCCAGCCGUACCACCGCUCAGGCGUGUCGAGUCCGAGGCGCAAUUCCUCGAGACCAAAGUUCCGACACCGCGGAGGGAGCAACGCUGGCGUCGACCUCAAAGCCAUCAACGCGAGACUCGAACGCUGGGCCGAUGAAAUCGCCUCUCGCUUCAAGCGUGGCAGGGGCAAGAGCCAGCUGGGCGAGGAGGACCGCUUGGAGAUCCACCACUCCGUCUUCCAACCUCCCGACGGCGUCCGCCCAAUCUCUGCCGAGGCCAUGGCCGAGCCACCGCCUGGCUUCAUGACAAAGGCUGAGUUUGACGCCGUCGUCGAAAGCGUCCGCACCGCCAUCCGCCAGGAAAUACACCCAAGCAUGAUAUCGCAGGGCAGCUCGGGCAGUUACUUUGCCCGGAAUCCAGAUGGCAAGAUUGUGGGCGUCUUCAAGCCCAAGGAUGAGGAGCCCUAUGCCGCCGGGAACCCCAAGUGGAACAAGUGGAUUCACAGGAAUCUGUUUCCGUGCUGUUUUGGACGAGCUUGUCUUAUCCCGAAUUUGUCCUACGUCAGCGAAGCAGCUGCCUACGUCCUCGACUGCCAACUCCGAACCCAUCUUGUCCCAUACACGGACGUCGUGUGGCUCUCGUCCAAGUCGUUCCACUAUCCAUUUUGGGAUCGCCGGAGGUUCUAUCGAAAGAAGAAGCCUUUCCCGGCCAAGCCAGGCAGCUUCCAAGUCUUCCUCAAAGGCUUCAAGGACGCCAACGUCUUUCUGCGAGAGCACCCCUGGCCGGAUCAGUACCUAUCGGGCUUCAGAGCCAACGACACGCAUAGGAACAAGAGGAAGCGAUGGACGGAAAGCUGUCGGCCAUCAACAUCUGGCUCGCCCAACGACCAGGACUCUAGUGACGACGAGAGCCAGACUCCGAGGGACGAACCAUCGGGUCCCCCUCGGUUCGUGUGGACCGAGCCGCUCAAGCAGUCGUUUCGCGAGGAGCUUGAGAAGCUGGUGAUUUUGGAUUACAUCAUGAGGAACACGGAUCGGGGACUCGACAAUUGGAUGGUCAAGGUGGACUGGGAGGCAGGCAAGGUGUCUCUGGUGUCAGAGCCUGUGCCUCCCUCGGCCGCCCGGGCCUCGUACCCCUACAAAGCCCAGAAGCCCAUGGACGCGUCGAGCCAGCGGUCGACCGGAAGCGAGCCCAAGAUGUCCAUCGGCGCCAUCGACAACUCCCUAUCGUGGCCGUGGAAGCACCCGGAUGCUUGGCGAAGCUUUCCCUUCGGCUGGCUCUUUCUGCCUGUUGAUCUGAUUGGCCGCCCCUUUUCGCAAAAGACGCGAGACCAUUUCCUCCCGCUGCUCACCUCGACCGCCUGGUGGAGCCAGACGCAGAUGGCCCUCAAGCGGGUCUUUCAAGUCGACGACGACUUUCAGGAGCGCAUGUUUGCCAAGCAAAUCGCCGUUAUGAAGGGCCAAGCGUGGAACGUCGUCGAGGCCCUCAAGUCGUCGGACCACGGGCCGCUGGAGCUGACGCGCCGCGCCCGGGUGUGCGUCUGGGACGACCUCGUCGACGUGCCCGUGGCGUCCAUGGACGAGGCGGACAUAGCAAGCUCGGCGCCGGCGGACCAUGGGCCCGCCGAGGAUCUGCUUGGCUUCGCGAGCGCCCCCGUCGACAUGCCCCGCUCGGGACGAUUCGAACUGUCCAGCCCUGGUGGUGAAGGCACACAGUCGCCGCCCAACGAGUCGCCUCUAAACGGUGCCGACGCCGCCGACAAGCAGGGCAACGCGCCGCCGCUGGAGCCCAAGAGCACGGGUAGCUACCAGGGCCCCACGCGGAGCCUCAACGUCUACGAGCCCCCACGCCGCAACGGCAUGGCGCACCAGCAUUAUGGGGGCGACACGCACGACGCGCACGAUAGCGACGACCUUGACGGAGAUCUGGGCUAUGCCGCCGCCGAGGGCCAGAUGGGCAACCAGCGCAAGGUCAUUGUGGAGCGCCUCGAGGCCGUCAAGAGCAGGAACCCUGUCUUUACCUGGUGCUGA